AGAACUGGUUCGUUUAUAUCGAAUACUAGGUUUAAAUGCAUCUGAACGCAAGUUGAAUUGAGUACUGAGUCAACCUACUUGAUACUUUUCUAACCGGAAAGUUAUUCAGAUUUAGGACAGCUUUACGGUCUCUUUAUUCUAAUUUUCGAAUACUCGAAUAUGCGCUUGUCACAAUCCCUCCAUAUUCGAAUCAAUUCGGUAGGACGCGGUACCACCGAACACCGUCAGAGCUUUUGCAGCAGUACCGCGCUGCAUAUUUGACCGCAGGUACUCGCUACAAUCAAAAAUGGAACAGCAUAAAGUGGAAAAUGCUGAGGGAAAACCCAAGCUGUCCAAUUCUCGGGAGACAAACUGGCUCAAAGUGCUCUUCCAGAUACAAGUUACCCUAUCGGCGUUAUGUGCAGUACAUUUCUUGCUGUACGAGUCGUACUGGAGUACAAUAUUUUUCAUGUUUACAUUGACAUUUUUGGCACACAUUGGCGUAGCAGCAGGGGCUCACAGGUUAUGGGCCCAUAGAUCGUACACAGCCAAUGGUAUUCUGAGAGUAUUCCUUCUGUUCUGUCAAACUAUGUCUGGCACGGGUUCAGUGUAUGACUGGGUUCAGUGGCACAGGCUCCAUCACAAACAUUUUGGCACAGAUUUGGAUCCUUACAACCCAACGAGAGGUUUUUUCUACUCUCAUAUACAAAGUGUGACGCUCAGCCUUAGUCCUGCCCAAGAAGAAGCUUUGAAAGAGAUUGAUAUGAGUGACUUGGAAAAAGAUAAAAUGGUCAUGUUCCAGAAGAGAUGGUAUAUCCCCCUCUAUAUUAUAUUCGUGCUUCUAUUGCCAAUAAAUGCUCCUGCAGAAUAUUGGGGAGAACAACUAUCUGCAUCCAUGUUCCUCGUAUUUUGGCUGCGAUACACGAUUAAUCUUCAACUGGCAUGGCUGGUACACAGCGCUACAAAAAUUUGGCAAUUAAAACCUGGUGAAAAGUAAGUAUAUUUGCUACUUUUUUGUUACACAAAAACCCAAAGGAUGACGCAAAGUUGUAAACAAUCGCUUGAACCUAUUAUGCAGUGCUUUUCAAAAAGUUCACUCAUUUGUUUUUUGAACAGGUCAAAUUAGCAAGCUGAAAUUCAAUGUAACGAAAUUGAUGCAUGGAUACUAUGUUUUAGGCUAAAAGUUCCAAAUUUCAAAAUGGCGGCUGAGUUAUAAGCAACUCGAUGAACGUUCAACUAUGACAGCCUGCCCGUUCAGCAUUUUCAGUGGUGGUGAUUUCAUAUUCUGGGAUUACAAAGUACCCUUAAUGAGCUUCAAAAUGAGAUAUCAUACGUCCUCCUAUUCUGUAUUUCAAAAUGGCGCCCAGCCGCCUUCUUGGAACUAUCAACUGCCACGUUUACGCUAAAAUGUUGUAUCCAUGCAACCAUUCCAUUACGCUCUUGGGACCCUUUCGCACCAGCGGGCCGUCGGCGAUCUAGUUCUCUUCUACCGCUACACCAACGGGCUUUGCUCCUCAGAGCGGUCUCCUAACCGUGUCGAACUUCCUACAUCCAGAAUUGGCCGAUAAGACCGCUCCUCUGUCCCGAGGGUGUAGAGAUUGUAGAACAAUCUACAAGAGGAAGCCUUUUCCAGUUCUACUAACCUUAGGCUGUUCAAAAAUCAGAUUAACAAAAUUUCCUUGUGGUCCUCAUAGUAGCCGCGGUGUUCCAGCAUUUAGGCUUUUGUCUGAGCGGCUGCUUCUGUAUAAAAAAAACGUCGAAUUUCCGCUUGCCAGCUUGGGUCGCUCAAAGAAUGAGUAGAGUGCCUUUUCGAAAAGCAAUGUAUCUAGAAGGCAAAAACAGUGUGACUUUAUCUUGAAGAUUCAUUUACUUUUUCCGCAUAAAAGAAAGAUGCAAAAACAACUUAGGUAGUUUAAAAAAUGUAUUCGUCUUUUUAUUUUUGGAUUGCAUUUAUAAUUUUCUGUGUUGCUUCGCUUACUAGCUACUGUUUCUUUUUUUUUACAACUGAGUCGGCAGUAUUUGCCUUAGUUGUGAUUUACUACUUUUAUAUAUCACUUUUACAUCAAGUUCUGAAGAAAAUGAGAUUGAAUUUCAGACUGUAAAUAGUGUGUUAUGACGCAAUAACGGUCGCGAAAUACCACUCGCUAUGAUGGAUCGCGUCAUCGAAAAUUGGGUAUUUAAAGAAAUAAUCUUCAACAACUAAAGGCCGAGAAUUUUUCUUCGCUUCUAUGUCUAUUUUAGUUUAGAUUAGUCCAAGAUGUGCUUAUUGCCCUUACCGGCAGAUUGUUAUUUUUUCUCGGGAAUAAAAAAGCUUUUAGCAAGAACAACCCAAUAGAGUAGGUUGUCUUAUCUCUUUUUCACUUCUAAAAAAAGAACCUCUAAACAAAUCACCCAUUAAUAAGGAUGGAUUAGGUCAAAGUUUUGAAAUUUGUCUGCUUCCCGGCUAUCCAAAUCUGUUGAUAUCUACUUCUUCUUCUUUCAGAUAUCCUGCAGAUACCAAUCUAGUAUUCAUAAUAACAAAAACUAACUGGCUAGCCUACCACUAUAUGGCUCCAUGGGACUAUCAGACUAGCGAAUAUGGCCAAUACGGUACUGACGUCAUCACCAAGGUCAUUAGAGUAUUUGCGGCUUUGGAGUUGGCCACAGAUCUGAGGACAGUUGACAGCAACUCUGUCAGGCAGGCCUUGACAAUGUCGUUGAAACAAAAGAGGAACAUCACCGAUUGUCUGUGGGAGCUGACACAGGACAAUAACAAUGUGCCCAAGGAACAUUUUUUGACUCCUAGUAAAUACAUGUAGAUUUCCUACAGGAUAAAGAGAUAAGGUUGUGUCACAUGACAGAGAUACUUUACAGUUGCUACCUACUGUACCUCUCAUUCUUGAGUGCAUAGUUUAUCAAUGAUUAGGAUAGAAUUAUUUUUUAUAAUGUAAUUUAUAUAUUUUUCAUUGUUACAUUUUAUUUCUCUGUAUUAUAAACUCAUACUUUACAUGUCUUCAGAUGUGUUUCAAUAAAUAAACACUUCCAC